UGUUGCUAAGUUUUGCUAAUUAGGAUUCUACCAUUUUAACACAAUGUGGCUGGAAAGUACUCAAGUAAAUGAUUUUUAAAGCACAUUUGGCAGCCAUGUUGGAUACAAACAUUAUCACAGAAGAUCAGGAAAAACAGCAAGUUAAAAUCGAUAGUAUUGCCAUUGACAUUGAAGCUGGUUCAUCAAAUGCAAUGGUUUACAUUCGAUCAAUAUUUUCCAUUGUUGUCGUGUGGUUGUUUACGUUUUGUGUGAUAAUGCUGGUGUUUAUCAAAGUUGAUCAUUUACGGACUUACGUUAUCAGAGAUUUAAUCCCUGUUAAAGAGUUGCGAGACUUGGAAGAGAAAGCUGAUAGAAUAUUAAAUCAUCAAAUUGCACAAACACUUGACAUUGAAAGCUCUGAAUCAGAGAUUCGAAAGAUUCAAAUGAAGUUGAACAGAAGCUUUAACCAGUUGGUUUCAUCAACAUAUUUCGACAUUACCAAGGAGUACAAAAGAAUCAUGGAAGGCGGUGCUGUAUGCACACCUCAAUCCAACGUCGUAUUUAUCAAAACACACAAGACAGCCAGCAGUACCGUGACAAAUAUUCUAAACAGAUAUGCUGAUUUGCGAGAACUAACUGUAGCACUGCCGUCUAUGGGAGAUUCAAGAUUUGCAUGGCCAAGAAAAUUUCAUUGGUCUAGCGUAGACCUAUUAAGAUUGCACGAUCAACCUGCAAAUAUGUUGACGAACCACGCAAGAUAUAAUCGCGAAGAGAUGGACAUGAUUAUGGAAGAUAACUCGAAAUACAUUACCAUCCUUCGUGACCCUGUCACUCAAUUCGAGAGUUCCUUUUACUACUUUGAGUUCGAUCGAGUGUUGAAAUUAAACACCUCUGCGAAUCCUAUUGAUGCAUUUCUACAAUUUCCUGACGAACAUUUGUAUAACUUAACAUUACGGCUUGGAGAUCUUCCUGAUACCAUGAAUCUUAUUCAAAGUGGGAUGUUUUAUGACUUAGGUUUUGAUUUUAUGGACAUAGAAUCUGAUGAUCGAAUACAAGAAGUGUUGGAGAAUUUAGAUUCUGAAUUCCAUUUGGUGUUGAUCAUGGAAUAUUUCGAUGAGAGUUUAGUGUUGUUGAAAAAAGAAUUAUGUUGGGAUAAUGACGAUAUUUUAUAUAUAAAACAGAACCAAAGGUUGAAGCAUUUAAACUUAACUGAAAAUGCAAAGGAUAGGAUUAGAACUUGGAACCGUGCCGACCAUUUACUUUAUCAGUAUUUUAAUAAAACCUUUUGGAAAAAAAUAGAAAACUACGGACCAAUGUUUUGGCAAGAAGUAGAAGAAUUUAGACUACGGAACAAAGAAUUCGAGAGAAUUUGUUCACCAGAGAAAGUUACCAAGAAAGGGUUUAAAAUCAAUGUUGAUGUGAAUGCAUUUGUUAUGAACCAAAAAGUGGAUCGAUUUCAUAGAUAUUUAUGUGGAAAAGUAUUAAAAAGUGAAGUCGAAUAUCUAUCGUACUUUCGAACGAAAUUUCGCGCCGAUUACGGCUACCAAAAAUUAUUAAUUGCAGAAGGUUUGAAACCUAUUGAACAUGAACGCAGACUGCAAAAGAAAUUAAAGUCCAAAGCACAAAUGGGGCCGAAGUUUUUUAAGCUUAAAGGCUUUGAAAGGUAGUGAAGGUUGCUGUUGUAAAAAUAAAUCCUUUUUUUAACGUGUGAACAAUCUGUUUUGUAAUUUUUGUACUUUUAAAGCGUGAAUUUACUUUUUUAUAAAUACAUGACACAAAAUAAAUACAGAAUCAAAUAAAAAUAAAGAAUUUAAAAAUUUCGUUCUAAUUGCACAUACCUUAUGGCAAGUAUUUAAUCUUUGAACAGUUCCAGGAAGAUGGCAGGCGCAUGCUGAAAAAGAUAAUUGCUUCGUUAAAGUGA